UGAAUUCAAUAGGGUGCCUCCUAUAAUUUCACUAAUUUGGAAGAGCUGCACCUGGAUUAUUCUAUUAUUGUGGAUGAAAACUUCCUUCAAAGCCUUGGAGCAAUGAUGCCUUCUCUUAAGCUUUUGUCUUUAAGGAGGUUGAAAGGAUCCGUACCUACUGGAGGUUUACUUAAUUUCAAAAAUUUGGAGUAUUUGGACAUGAGUACUUCUACUAUCAACAAUAGCUUUGGUCUACAAGGCAUUGGAAUGAUAAGGCAUCUUAAAAUUUUGUCAUUAGCUGGUUGUGGACUGACUGGACCCAUACCUACUGGUCUUUGCAAAUUGAAGUUUCUGCAAGAGCUAGAUAUAAGUGGCAAUUAUCUCAAUGGUAGUUUGCCAUGGUGUCUAGCAAAUUUGACAUCCCUCAAAAUAUUCUCUCUCUCUAGUAAUAACUUUAUUGGAGACAUUGCUUCAUCUCCUCUUAGGAGAUUAACAUCCCUUGAAUAUCUAGAUCUCUCUGAUAAUCUCUUCCAAAUCCCAAUCUCACUCUCUCUAUUUUUUAACCAUUCAAAUCUCAAUUUUUUGGAUUGUCAAAAUAACACCAUAUAUGCCAUAACAGAGGCUCAUAAUUUCACUCCAAAGUUUCAGUUAGAGACUCUCCACUUGUCUGGCCAUGGAUAUGGUAGUGUAGAAAUUCCCAAUUUCCUCUAUCAUCAGUAUAAUCUACAAUAUGUUGAUCUAUCAAACAAUAACAUAAGAGGAGAGUUUCCAUUCUGGUUAUUAGGCAACAACACAAAACUAAGGGUAAUUCAUUUGGCCAACAAUUCUCUUUUAGGGCCAUUCCAGUUACCUAUUCAUUCUCCUCCGAAUUUGUCAUUCUUGGAUAUUUCUGAAAAUAGUCUGUAUGGAUCCAUCCCAAAAAAAAUUGGGACACAUUUGUCAAGAUUAGAGAUAUUAAACCUGAAGGGAAAUGGUUUGAAUGGGAAUAUUCCCCCUUCAUUUGGAAAUAUGAGCUUUUUGGAAAAUCUUAGCCACAAUAACUUAAUAGGAAAAAAUUCCAAAAAUAGGUGGAUUGACCAAAACAAUUCUAAACUUGAAGGUAACAUUAAUUCUAAAUUGAGGUACAUUCAGUUAAGUAGUAAUCAUUUGGAGGGUGGAAUUCCAACUCAAUUAUGCAACUUGUAUAACUUAAGCUUGAUUGAUCUCUCUCAUAAUAAUCUUUCUGGUCAUAUUCUCCCUUGUUUGAGACUUAGUAGUGCUUGGUCUAAAGAAGAUGAAUUUCCAAUUGAAAAUAAUACCUUUUCCCCCAAGGUUCGUGCUCCCCCUAUGGUUCCUCCUCCUUACUCACCACAACCAUUGGAGUUUACAAACAAGAAUGAAUCCUAUUCUUAUCAACCAAGCACACUCAAAUACUUAUCGGGGAUUGAUCUUUCUUGUAAUAAUUUUUCUGGAGAGAUUCCAUUUGAAAUUGGAGAUCUUAAUACAAUUCAAAUGUUAAAUCUAUCACACAAUAGUUUGACUGGAUCAAUUCCACAAACAUUUUCAAAUUUGAGGCAAAUCGAGAGCUUAGAUCUUUCUUACAACAAUUUGGAGGGAAAAAUUCCUUCUCAAAUUACUCAAUUAUAUUCUUUAGAAGUUUUCAGUGUAGCACACAAUAACUUAUCUGGUAAGACACCUACAAGAGUUGCACAAUUUGUUGACACAAAUUUGGACAUUAUUGAUGAAGGCAGGUAUGAGGGAAAACUCCUUUUCCUCUGUGGAUUUGCCCCACUUGCCCAAAAGCUUGUUAUGCAACAAUACCUUCAUCCACCAAGACUGCCCAUAAAUCUCAAAUUUGAUGAACAAUUAGUGGGUUCAUCGACAUGA